AUGAGUCUGGCGAGCAGGACUCUGGUCAAGUCAGGACUAGACUCUUUCAAACACCUGCUGAGUCUGGCGAGCAGGACUCUGGUCAAGUCAGGACUAGACUCUUUCAGACAGCUGCUGAGUCUGGCGAGCAGGACUCUGGUCAAGUCAGGACUAGACUCUUUCAGACAGCUGCUGAGUCUGGCAAGCAGGACUCUGGUCAAGUCAGGACAGGCUCAUACAGCUGCUGAGUCUGGCGAGCAGGACUCUGAUCCCUGUUCGUUUCCUUGUCUGAAUGGAGGUCAGUGUGUCCAUCCUGAGUCAUGUGACUGCAGUUUAUACCAAGCUACUGGAACACGAUGCCAAACAGUUCCUAACCCAGGAUUUGAGAGGGAGAUGGCGUGUCGGUCGUGGGGCCAGUAUAACUACGAGACGUUUGAUGGGCUGUACUAUCACUUUCCUGGGAGAUGUACCUACACUCUGCUGAGAGACUGUGAAGACACCAGCCUGGCCAGCAUUCUCAUACAGGUCCACAAUGACCCAGACUGCCGCUCGUCUCCCUACUCCUGCACGCGGUCAGUUAGUCUCUUCCUGCCCUGGGAAGGAGAGAUCAGGUUGCACAGGUCCAAAGUUACCUUCAAGGGACAGAGUGUCCAGCUGCCUCACCACAUCCAUGACGUGGAGCUGGAGAGGAUCUCCCGCUAUGUCUUGGUGACCCAACAACAUGGCUUCACCCUGGCCUGGGACGGACACAGUGGCUCUGUCUACAUCAAGCUCAGCCCAGAGUGGGUGGGCAGGACCUGCGGUCUGUGUGGCAACUUCAACGCAGACGUACAGGAUGACCUGAAGACCAGCUACGGUGUGGUGACGGAGGACCUGUCCAUGUUUGGGAACAGCUGGGUGGAGGAGGAGCUUCACCAGGUCAGGUGUCCCAUGGUGCCCUUCAUGUUCCCCUCGUCCUGCGCCUCACGUGACCCACACAUCCUACUGGUGAGUAACCCUGACCCUCACAUACUACUGGUGAGUAACCCUGACCCACACAUGCUACUGGUGAGUAACCCUGACCCACACAUACUACUGUUGAGUAACCCUGACCCAGUGUUCACAGAGUAUGCCCGGGUCUGUGCCCACGCCGACCACCCACUGACGGACUGGAGGACUCACAUACCACAGUGUGCGAUGCCGUGCCCUCCAGGUCUGCAGUAUAAGGAGUGCAUCACCUGCUGCCCUGUGUCCUGUAACGUGGACAGAAUGUGUAUCGACAACAAGCUGCAGUGUCUAGACGGAUGCUACUGUCCCGACGACCUGAUCUAUGAGGAGGGAAGUUGUGUGAAGGCCUCAGACUGUCCCUGUGAAUACCACGGCAUGGUCUAUCCCUCUGGACAGACAGUUCAGGAGGAGUGUAACAACUGCACGUGUGUGGGGGGAGUGUGGAACUGCACAGAGUACAGCUGCCCAGGAGAGUGCUCUGUGACUGGGGACAUGUACUUCCACUCGUUUGACGGCAGGAUGUUCACCUUCCCAGCUUCCUGUCAGUAUGUCCUGGCUAAGAGUCGGAACUCAGGGAAGUUCACUGUCACCAUUCAGAACGCCCCGUGUGGACCCCAUUUGGACGGGUCUUGUAUCCAAUCAGUCAGCCUGGUCAUAGACGAGGACCCACGGACUGAGAUCACACUGACCCACCUAGGAGAGGUCUUCAUGGCAGGACAGUACCGCAUCUCUCUGCCCUAUUCAGACGAGGUGUUCCACAUCCAAGAGCUGUCCUCCAUGUACCUGCAGGUGCGUACUGCUCUGGGUCUGCAUCUGCAGUACAGCUGGAGGGAGUUCCGUCUCUACCUGCAGGUGGAUGAGCUGUGGAAGGGCGACACGGUGGGGCUCUGUGGAACCUUCAACGGAAACAUCCAGGACGACUUCCUGUCCCCGUCUGGUAUGAUAGAGAGCACCCCUCACCUGUUUGGCAACGCCUGGAGGGUAUCCUCUGCCUGUGUCCCCAGCCAGAGUGUUCCCCAGCUUGACCCAUGUGACACCCAUCAGCAAGCAGCAUCCUACGCCUCUGAGAUGUGUGACAUCCUGAACCAGGAGUUGUUCUCAGCGUGUCAUGAGUACCUGAGUCCGGUGCCCUUUCACCAACAGUGUAAAGCAGACACCUGUAAGUGUGGCCAGCCCUGUCUCUGCUCUUCCCUGGCCCACUAUGCUAGACAGUGCAGGAAGUACUCUGUCAUCACGGAGUUCAGAGCCAGCGUACCUGACUGUGAGGUGACAUGCCCAGAUACCAUGGAGUACGGAACCUGUGUGUCGUCGUGCCAACGGCGUUGCUCCGCCCUGUCCACGCAGCAGCACUGUGGAGAGGAGUACCAACAGUGUCCGCUGGGUCAGAUGUACCUGGACUGUACUGAGGGGCUGGAAGGGCUGAAGGCUAUAGAUGGGAUCAGCCUGGGUAGAGGACUGGGCUGUGAACACACCUGUGAAUCCCACCUGCUCAACCUCACCUGUUCAGCUCAUGAACCGUGCAUACCUGGCUGUGUCUGUCCCCCUGGAUUGCUGAAACAUGGUGAUGAGUGUUUUGAGCCUGACGCCUGCCCCUGCCUCUGGAAGGGGAAAGAGUACUAUCCAGGAGAUAGAGUCACCUCCCCCUGUCAUCAAUGUGUCUGCCAGCAUGGAACAUUCCAGUGUGUGUUCCGUCCGUGUCCGUCCAUGUGCACAGCCUAUGGGGACCGCCACUACAGGACCUUUGAUGGUCUACUGUUUGACUACGUUGGAGUCUGUAAAGUCUACCUAGUAAAGAGCAGUGCUGAUCUGAUGAUGAGUGUGACGGCUGAGAACGUGGACUGUUACGACAGCGGCGUCAUCUGCAGGAAAUCUCUACUCAUCAACAUUGGUAGAUCUUUCAUUGCGUUCGACGACGACAGUGGCAAACCAAACCCGUCCAGUGUGAUCGACUGGAGGCAGGGGGUGUUCAUAUGGAGCGCUGGGCUCUUCACCGUGGUCCACGUUCCCGAGGAGGACCUGACCGUGCUCUGGGAUCGCAAGACCACGGUCCACAUCCAGGCUGGACCACGCUGGCAGGGCAAGCUGAGCGGUCUGUGUGGGAACUUUGACCUGAGGACGGUCAAUGAGAUGAGGACACCAGAGAACAUAGACUCUGCCACGCCUCAGGAGUUUGGCAACAGCUGGACGGCAGCUGAGUGUGUUAACAGCCCAGACAUCAGACACCCCUGCAGUCUGAACCCCCUGAGGGAGCCGUUCUCCAAGAGGCAGUGUGGAGUCCUGCUCAGCGAGGUCUUCCUGGUCUGCCACCCGGUGGUGGACGUGACAUGGUUUUAUAUGAACUGUCUGGCUGAUACGUGCGGCUGUAGUCGCGGUGGGGACUGUGAGUGUUUCUGUACCAGCGUGGCAGCCUACGCCCACCGAUGCUGUCACCAGGGUGUCACCGUGGACUGGCGAUCCCCGUCGAUCUGCCCCUACGAUUGUGAAUACUACAAUAAAGUUCUGGGUAAAGGCCCCUACAGGCUGGUGACCUACAGGGAGAGGGACACGGUGCUGGCAGCCAACAGGUCCAGUGGGACAGUGUUCCCUAAGAAAGGAGACCCUGCUGCGGCUGGCUUCUUGUCCCUCUUCAUGAUGACCCCUGGGCUCAGCAGAGCGCGUCCGCAUGACACGUCCCUGGUGUCGUUCGAGGCGUCCGAUCGGCCCAACUACUUCCUGGCUGUGGACAGCAGCGGCCAUCUCACGCUGACCAAGUGGGAGGAGAGUGAAGCAUUCUGGGACGCGGCUACCUUCACGCUGCACCGUGACACCUGGAUCCAGGGUUAUGAUUCUCUGGAGGCUUUGGCCAGACCGGGAUUCUUCCUCCACUACAUGCUGUCCUGGAUUCACCUCAUGAAGUACAAACACACCGACGGAUUCCGCAAGGCCACGCUCUUCAAACUGACAGGCCCUGGUCCAGACACCCCUACGGGUCCUAAGUGCCAGUGGAGGUAUGAGUCGUGUGUCAGCCCCUGCUUCAGGACCUGCAGUGACCCCUCGGGGAGGGCAUGUGGCACCGUUCCAAAAGUGGAGGGAUGUCUGCCUCUGUGUCCUGGUCACAUGGUGCUGGAUGAGGUCACUCAGAGAUGUGUCCAUGUUGAAGACUGCAUUAAGCCACCAGUUGCUGUGCAGCCCAUUACUACUGUCAGCAGUGUUGAGUCAACACCUGCAGCUGUCACUCCUUCAGCCACCACAACCACCACUAGGAGCAGCCCGGCUAGCCCUGGCCUCUCCACGGCACGCUCCACCCCGGGUCCCCCUGCCCCCCUCACCACCACCUCCAUCCAGCCUCCCUACACCACCACCCCUUCAGACACAGUCCCCACCACUGCAGCCACCACCACCACCAUUCCUAUUGUCUCAACUUCUGCUUUGGAUGCUCUGACCACCUCUGCUAAGGUUCCGACCACAGUGACCGAUAAGGUGGUUCUGCCCAGCACCUCUUCAGCCGUACCGACUCCAGAGGGAACCAGUGCAGCAUCAACACCCUCAACUCCAUCCCUGGCCACCGCAGUCAGACCUGAGGUGGUGGAGGUUGUAUCUACAGUGAAGACAUCUCCAUCCUUACCCUCCACUACAGAAGGCAGUACAGAGAGGACGACCAGGGCCCCCAGCUCCACACCCAGCCCCCUAGGCCCCAGCACAGAGAGGACCAGCCAGGUCCCCUUCUCUAUCACAGCUCUGUUCUGGCUCACGUCCUCCACCACCAGGCCCUCUCUACGCCCAGGAACUACAGACACCACAUUCACCAGCCCCCCUCCAUCCACUACCAUGGGCCCCUGGAUAAGCUCCACCGUGGGGCCUACUCAGACCAGCGCCUUGCCUGCAGUACCAGUCACCCCCACCAGUGUGACCACCAAGGCCACCACACGUCCAGGAGACACAAACUACACCGUCCACACGCCCGAAGACAACACCACCACUUGUUUUCACGGCAACCACAGAGAAGACCGUUCACGCCUCCCCGACAGAGCUGAGGACAUCCACAACUCCACCACAGAGAGAACUACAGAACACACAACCGCAACCGCACACCUGACCGAAGCUGUGGACUGGAGACUGACCCCUACUACCGGUCCCCCGACCGUACGGACCACAACAACGACCACCAAACCUCCAGACCUUCUGGUAACGACCACAGAGUCCCCCCAGAUCACCGUCACCUCUCCUUCCAUCUCCACCACAACAGAAGCAGUGGUCCCAACCACAACCACAACCACAUUACCUGUAUCACCGGUGUCACACACAGAGACCACCACGACCACCUUCACCUCUCCUUCCAUCUCGACCACAACAGAAGCAGUGGUCCCAACCACAACCACAUUACCUGUAUCACCGGUGUCACACACAGAGACCACCACGACCGUGCUAGGUCCACCAGAGGCUGUAGGGACCGUAACGAUCCAGCCCCCCACCACACUGAAGACCACGGAGCCUUGGAGGCCCCCCCACAGCGAAACCUCCACCACUCCUUCUAGCCCUGUCUCUAGCACAGAGAGGGUGAUCACACCUGAGGUCCCAGUGAAACCUGCGGUCAGUACAGAAGUAGACGUCUCUCCACACCAAGUCAUCUCCACUACCACCACUGACUCACUUCACCACGUUGCUUCAUCUACAGCGCCAGGCGUCACCACCACAACCUCAGUUACCAUGACGACCACUGCCAAAACCACCACAGCUCCGCCCGAGACUUCAACCGGCGCAGUUUCAACCUCCAGGACGGAGAGACCUCCUGCGACACCCGAACCCCCGGCCGUGCCUGGUGUACCUGGGGAACCAGCAUUAUCUUUCACCACAACGGUCCCCACGACAACUGUCCCACCUUUACCUGGUGUCCUUACGACCACCAUCACACCUGUACCUGGUGUCCCAGUGACAACUGUCCCACCUUUACCUGGUGUCCAUACGACCACCAUCACAACUGUACCUGGUGUCCCAGUGACCACUGUCCCACCUUUACCUGGUGUCCAUACAACCACCAUCACACCUGUACCUGGUGUCCAUACAACCACCAUCACACCUGUACCUGGUGUCCAUACAACCACCAUCACACCUGUACCUGGUGUCCAUACAACCACCAUCACACCUGUACCUGGUGUCCAUAUGACCACCAUCACACCUGUACCUGGUGUCCCAGUGACCACUGUCCCACCUUUACCUGGUGUCCAUACGACCACCAUCACACCUGUACCUGGUGUCCCAGUGACCACUGCCAUCAGCCCAGUGACCAUCAGACCGCUAACAGAGACUACUAGCGUUCCUCCCGAUACAGGAAGGGUGGAAGUAUUGUCUACUACUUCCACAACAACUACACAAGAACCAACUUCUUCCUGGUCUGGUCCAGUAACCACAACCAGCUCUUCCACCUCCACCACGUCAGUCCCCAGACCCACUAGCCACCCAGAGAGAGUCACUACCAGAGUGGUUCCUACUUCUAAAGUGGUCUCCAAGACCACCCACAGACCAAUGACAACAACACGCAGGACAACAACAGGCAGGGUUCCCGUGACGACGUCCAGAACUGCCACAACGGUGAGGUCCACCGCCAGACCGAGCACUGUUAGGGCAACUGUAGAUACAAGAACUCUGGGAGUUCCAGGGGUUCCGACAGCGACGACCAGACCCGGUCCCCCUACGGUCGCUCCUCCUAGCCUGGUCACAGCUACCGUCUCAGAGGUUGUUCCAACCAUGACCGUUCGUACCACGACCAAACCAGUCACCACUGCCAGAACCACAGAAUCUACCGCCGUCCCCACAGGACCCACUGGCACGACCACAUCCACUUCUGUUUCCGUUCCCAGCCUGACCACGGUCACAGAAUCUACCGCCGUCCCCACAGGACCCACUGGCACGACCACAUCCACUUCUGUUUCCGUUCCCAGCCUGACCACGGUCACAGAAUCUACCGCCGUCCCCACAGGACCCACAGGAGCGACCACAGAACCAUCCACAUCCACCACUACUACACCAGAAGGAAUAGUACCAUCCACCACUAGAGAGACAGGGGAUACUCCAGCAUUCACAGAGAGCACAACCAGAAUGACUCCUUCUACAGAGGUCGCAGCCACUCCAGGGGUCACACCAAAGGUCACGCCAAAGGUCACACCAGAUGUGACAGCAGCUCCCUCAGUCCCCGCCUUGCCCCCCACGGCCACCCCGACCUCCACCCCAGAGCCAGAGAGGGUGGACGGAGUAGACACCACUGCACCAAAGACUCCAUCGCCGUCACCUGUGUCUCCGUACACCACAUCAGAGACAACCGCGUCACCAUCGGCUCAAUGGGGCUCAAUGGUGCUCAAUGUAGGCUCCAUGGGGCUCAAUGUAGGCUCCAUGGGGCUCAAUGUAGGCUCCAUGGGGCUCAAUGUAGGCUCCCUGUGGUUCAAUGUAGGCUCCAUGGGGCUCAAUGUAGGCUCCAUGGGGCUCAAUGUAGGCUCCAUGGGGCUCAAUGUAGGCUCCAUGGGGCUCCAUGUAGGCUCCAUGGGGCUCAAUGUAGACUCCAUGGGGCUCAAUGUAGGCUCCCUGAGGCUCAAUGUAGGCUCCAUGGGGCUCAAUCCUCCCUAUUCAGAGAUCAUAGAUGAGUGUACCAAGUUCCUCUGUGUGAGCGGCCAGCUGGUCCGAUUCAACAUGUCCCAGAACUGUCUGUAUAACUCCACCCCUCCUAACUGCGGCCUGCUCGGCUUCGCCAUCCUGGUCAACGGGGACAAGUGCUGCCCGCAGUGGGACUGCCCAUGUCGCUGCUCAGUGUUCCCCGACCUGAACGUGAUCACGUUUGAUGGUAACAGCGUGGCCAUCUACAAGGCUACCUCCUACAUUGUGACCCAGCUGCCCAGCGAGACCGUCAGCAUCGUGGUCCAGGAAUGCCCCGCUGACUCAGACACGCUGCUGUGGAAUUUCACCAACCUGUGUCUAGUGGUUUUGAACAUUACCCACAAGUCCAACCACCUGGUCAUCAACAGACUGCAGAGGAGGCUGUAUGUGAACUCGAGGUACGCCAAGCCGAGGUUCAAGAAGUUUGGCUUUGAGAUCCUGGACACCGGCAACAUGUAUCUGAUCCGUACGCCAGCGGGCCUGAAGCUGCAGUGGUUCCACAGCACGGGCAUGUUGGUCAUCGAGACAGAGAGCUACAACAGCAAACUGCCCACCAUGGGCCUCUGUGGCUGCUGUGAUGGUAACCCGGCCAAUGACCUGAUGCUGUCGAAUGGGACGACAGUCGGGGAGAGCGAGGACCCAGCGGUGUUCAUCGACAGCUGGCAGGUCCCCAACACCACUAGUUACAUCAGCCACAGCCGGCGCAGAGAAGUCAACUGUUCCACCAGCGACUGUUCCCAGUGUAUGACCAUGCUGCGAAACACCUCCUUCAGCCCCUGCCAUGCUUUUGUUCCUCCCAGUACGUUCUGUGAGGUGUGGGUACGUGACGCAGAGUACGUCAACAACCCCUGUGUAGCGCUGGCUGCCUACGUGGCAUCUUGUCACAAGUUCAACGUCUGCAUGGAGUGGAGGAGCCCAGACUACUGUCCCUUCAUGUGUCCAGACCGACUGCGUUACCAGGCCUGUCUGCCUACCUGUACAGCCCAGUCCUGCUCCAACCACGACUUUGACCACGACCCUGAGCAGUGUACAGGCCUGACAGAGGGAUGUGUUUGUCCUGAGGGCACUCUGCUCCAUCGACCCUACUCUGCCCUCUGCAUCCCCCCUGAGAAGUGUGCCUGUACGGACAGUUCAGGUGUACCCCGUGCUCCUGGCGAGGUGUGGAAGGCGUCUAAAGAUGGCUGCUGUAUGUAUCGCUGUGACAACGACAGUAUCGUUCCCGUGGAGUAUAACUGCUCUGCCGUGUCUCAGCCGCUCUGCCGCAGGGCCGGGGAAGUGGUCGUCAGUCUGGCAGACGACACCUCCUGCUGCCCACAGAAAGCUUGCGUUUGUAACCAAACCCUGUGUGACAUCUUCCCCCCGGAGUGUCAGUAUGGAGAGAAGCUGGUGUCUUACUUCAGAGAGGACUCCUGCUGUCCAGACUACGUCUGUGAGUGUGACCCAGAGCGCUGUGAGUCAGACGUCCCAGCCUGUAGAGAGGACCAGACCCUCAUCGCCACCAGGGCUGAUGGCAGCUGCUGCCUGGCACACAUCUGUAUGUGUGGUUCCUGUUUGGAGGUGGUUCCAAACUGCCAGGAUGGAGAGGUGUUGACGGUGGACGCCAACAGUACAGACCUCUGCUGUCCUGUCUACCACUGUGUGUGUGAGCCGUACCGGUGUGCUGAGUUGUCAUGUCCCUUGGGGAUGUCUGCUGUCACCGUGUCCCCUCCAGACCACUGCUGUCCCCUGCACACCUGCGAAUGUGCGUGUGACAAACUGUCGAAGCCAAAAUGUGUUCUGGGAGAGACCAUGCAGGUGGACAGGGCUUUCCUAGCAGACCCAACUAACCAGUGUUCCUGUAAGAGAUUUAACUGUGUGCGUGAGGCGGUGUGUGUGGACGGGGAGCGGGGUGUUAUGCAUCCGGGACAGACCCUCGUGGAUCACAGUCAGGAGGGGGUGUGUCUCACCACCCAGUGUAGCCACAGUCUGGAUCCCACCACGGGCUUCCACCUCCUCCGCACCGACACCACCAACUGCUCUGCUCAGUGCCAACCGAACCAGAUAUACAUCCCUCCCAAAGACCAGAUGAUGUGCUGUGGUGUCUGCAGGAACAUCUCCUGUCUCUACCACAAUGACAACGGUACUACACUCCUCUACAAGCCUGGGAAGUCGUGGGUGUCAGACUGUAUGAAGUAUGAUUGUACCGACACACUGUCAGGCCCGACCCUGGUCUCCUACUCAUUCAGCUGUCCACCUUUCAACCAGACAGAGUGUAUGAAGAUUGGUGGAACCAUUGUAAGUUACAUGGAUGGAUGCUGCAAGACAUGUAAAGAAGAUGGGAAGUCCUGUCAGAAGGUGACAGUAAGGAUGACGAUACGGAAGAACGACUGUCGCAGUAACAGACCGGUCAACAUAGUGUCAUGUGACGGGAAGUGUCCGUCGGCCAGUAUUUACAACUACAACAUCAACACGUACGCCAGGUUCUGUAAGUGCUGCCGUGAGAUGGGGCUGCAGAGACGCUCCGUGCAGCUCUACUGCAGUGGCAACUCCACGUGGGUCAACUACUCGAUACAGGAACCCACCGACUGCUCCUGCCAGUGGUCUUAGUGGCCACAAAGACACACACACAUGUAUGCACACGUAUAAACACGUAUGCACACAUGACCGUUAUUCACUACAGGUGUACACACAUUAAGUAUAUGCACACACACACACGCACAACCACAUACACACACACACACAACCACAUACAUACACACACACACACACACACACACACACACACACACACACACACACACACACACACACACACACACACACACACACACACACACACACACACACACACACACACACACACACACACACACACACACACUGCAGAGACACUACUCUUGUAUGUCAGAGGGACAACAGAAGGUUGGGUAUAGCAGAGCAUGGUUUAGCGGCUUUGGGGGCUUUGGGGCAGUUGAAGGUGGGUAGGGAUUUAUAUGGACACAGCACAGCAUCUAUACAGGCUGAGAGGAGGAGGAAGCUAUGAGUGGCUGUCAUCCUACCGAACCAAAAAAGGCCCCGUUACAUGUCAUGUUGAUAUGUUGUUGUUGAUUUCUCUUUAUUUAAAUUCUGCAUUUCUAUCUCUGAGAGUCAGGCUAGAUGUCAGAUCACGUUGUGUAUCCGGAGCUGUCGGGUCAGUUUCGGGUUGGAAAUGGUGUAUUUCACAGUUUGUUACUCUUCACGUACCUCAUAUGGGGCGGCAGCUUAGUCUAGUGGUUAGAGCGUUGGACUAGUAACCGGAAGGUUGCAAGCUCAAACCCCCGAG